AUGGAUAAAUUAUUAUAAAGAGAAAUUAGGAAUCAUUUCUAAAAUGAAAAUUAUGCAGCUGAUGUAAUUGAUAUGAUUGAGAAAGAUGAAGAAUUAAUCAAGAAAUGUUAUGAUAAAAUGGAUGAUUGGUAAUUUUAAACAGAAGAAGAUUUUCUAAAAAAGAAACUGCAAAUGCUUGGCUUAUGUGAGAAGAAAGGACUGGAUGGUUAAGUGAUGCUUUACCCAACAAUAAAGAAAUAAAGAGUAUUAAACAGAGAUGAAUUCAAAGGGAUGGUUGAUCGAUUAUAUAAAGUGAAAAAGAUGUCAGAUAAUGAUUUUGUUCAUCUUAAUUAAACAGCCAGAAAAUAAAUAUAAUAAAUGAAGGUCAAAUAACAAAUGCUUCAAAAAUAAAAGAAUAAAAAUACAAAACAAGAGUCUUUCUUUGAUAUGAUAUCAGAUUCAUCAGAUGAGUAAAUUGAAUGA